UUUGAAUCAGAUUCAGUUUGCAUCAUAUUAUAAUAAUUUCGAAAAAUUUUGAGGUUACCGAAAGACGCGUAUUCCAGUUUCGAUUAUCUUCUUUUCAAUUACGUUCUAUUUGAUGAUUUGGACAAACUGUUCUAUGUGAUAUAAAGACUGACACUAAUAUUUUUGGAUUAAUUAAAGGGACACAACAAUCAUGACUACGACAGCUGUGUAUAAUUACAUGAAAAUGCAAAAUAGACCUUACAGCGUGAAUGACGUAGUCACGAAUUUACUUAAUGAACACAGUAAAACUGCUGUUCAAAAGGCUAUGGAUGAGUUGGUGAAAAAUGGAAAAUUAUUCGAAAAAGUUUAUGGCAAACAGAAAAUAUAUUGUGUUGUGCAAGAUUCACAAUAUGACACUGAUGAGUUAAUGAGGAUUGACAAGGAAUUACAAAGUCAUGCCAGUGAGAUCGAGAGUAAAUAUCAGGAAGUCAUGAAAGAAGUGAAAGAACAAGAGACACUUUUAGCUUCUCUGAAGUCAAGUUUAACGCUGGAGGAUGCUCAAAAAGAAAAGAUUACUCUGCAAGAAAAUAUAAAGCAGUUAACACGUAAAUUGGAUAAACUGAUGGAAAAAAGUGGUUCUGAAGAUUUGCAAGAGUCUAAACGAAAGGCACAAGAGAAUCUAGACGAAUACUCACGCGAAUAUUUAAAAAGAAAAAAGAUAUGCAUUGAAAUACUAGACUGCAUUUUGGAAAGUUAUCCUGGUAACAAAGAUGAGCUUUAUGAAGAAAUAGGCAUAGAUUCAACGGCUGUAUAA